GAGGCACAGGAGAAGUGACGCUCCCCGCAGUGACAGGCGCACUGAGCAGGAGGAGGAGGUGCGUUCACAUCCACCAUGGCGCUGUCUACUGUCCUCGAAACUCCCGUCGCCGGAUUUGAUUUCGAAAACGCAGCAAGAAAUGCUGCAUUGGAGGGUCUGCUUGAGAAGGGACAGGCACCCAAACCUCUGAAGACAGGCACUACAAUAGCAGGAGUGGUGUUCAAGGAUGGAGUGGUGCUGGGAGCAGACACAAGAGCUACCUCCAGCGAAGUGGUGGCUGACAAGAUGUGCGCCAAGAUCCACUACAUUGCUCCAAAUAUAUAUUGCUGUGGAGCAGGUACAGCAGCAGAUACAGAAAAAACCACGGACCUUCUCUCCUCCAACCUCACCAUCUUCUCUCUGAACAGCGGGAGGAAUCCUCGUGUUGUCAUGGCCAUCAACAUACUGCAAGAUAUGCUGUAUAGGUAUAAGGGCCAUAUUGGGGCCAAUCUCAUACUGGGAGGGGUGGACUGCACUGGGAACCAUCUCUACACAGUGGGACCUUAUGGGAGCGUGAAUAAAGUGCCUUACCUUUCAAUGGGAUCUGGUGACCUGGCUGCCCUUGGGAUUCUAGAGGACAGGUUCAAAUCUGACAUGCAGCUGGAGGAGGCGAAAGACUUGGUGCGUGAUGCCAUCCAUGCAGGCAUCAUGUGCGACCUUGGCUCAGGCAACAACAUUGACAUUUGUGUGAUCACCAAACAAGGAGUGGACUACAUCAGGCCUUACCAGGAGUCAGAAUAUGUAGACAACAGGAAAAGGCAAUACAAGUACCGUCCAGGCACAACACCAGUUUUGACAGAGAAAAUAGUCCCCCUAAAGCUGGAGGUUGUCGAGCAGACCACGCAGCAGAUGGAUUCAGCCUGAGCCACGCCAAACAGCAGUCACACCUCAUAAACAGCAUCUCAUUUAGCAGUAAAAGAAGAAAUGUUAAGCUUUUUGGAAAGAGACAUUCAUCAGUCUUAAAUACAUUAUUAUUCACAUUACAAUGUUAUCUCAUCCAUUACAAUAUUUUGAUCAGCAGAAGUUAAUGACACUGUUCCUGCACUGCUGCUACGUUUUGCGCCACCUUGAAUUGGAGUUGUUAAGAAAAUCCUGCAGUAGUAAUGUGUGAUAGUAUGUGGUGUGUGUGAGUUGGCAGUGGGGCUUCUGCUACAGUCCCCCACCAUUUGUCAUGUGUAUGU